AAUUACCGUUGGAGCAUGGAGCUCCACGCGGGUGCUUUACCCGCUUCAUUUGCUCCCUCCUUCCUCGUUCGCAGCAGCUCCCGCAUAAGCAAGCGGAAAAAGGGCGAACCUCCCCCUAAACUCGUUCCCAAACGCGUCAACACCCUCGCCUACCCCAAAUCCUCGCCCACUCCUCUCCUCUCCCUCUCCCACCGCGCCCCCCUCACCCGCGACCAAGCGCUCGAUCGCGUCCUCGCCGACCUCGACUCCGCCCUUGCCCGCGGCGUCCAUGUCGACGCCUCCAUCUUCGCCUCCCUCCUCGAGACAUGCUCCCGGAUGCGCUCCCUCCGCCACGGCGCCCGCCUCCGCCGCCUCAUCCCCCCCGCCCUCCUCCGCCGGAACCCCGAACUCGCCGCCAGGCUCCUCCGCCUGUAUGCCUCAUGCGGCCGCGUCGAAAAAGCACACCAGCUGUUCGACCAAAUGCCGCACCGGUUUAAGAACAGCGCCUUCCCUUGGAACUCCCUCAUCUCCGGCUACACCGAGCUGGGCCUCUACGAAGACGCCAUGGCCCUAUAUUACCAGAUGGAGGAGGAGGGCGUCGAGCCCGACCGGUUCACCUUCCCGCGAGUUCUCAAGGCCUGUGCUGGAAUCGGGUCGGUGAGCCACGGAGAGGCCCUCCACCGCCACAUUGUCCGCUCGGGCUUCGGCACCGACAUCUUCGUGCUCAAUGCGCUCGUCGACAUGUACGCGAAGUGCGGCGACAUCCAGAAAGCCCGCCAGAUUUUCGACAAAAUCCCCGACAGAGAUCCUGUCUCAUGGAAUUCGAUGAUAACAGGUUAUAUACGUCAUGAACUUCCUCUCGAGGCCAUGGGCAUCUGCAGAAGCAUGCUUGGAGCUGGGAUCGAUCCAGACUCUGUAACCAUCUCAUCAAUGCUCUCCGGGUCCUCCUCGUCUUCUAGCAACAAGCUCGGGCUUCAAAUUCAUGGUUGGGUUCUCCGACACGGGCUCCAGUGGGAUUUAUCAGUCGCAAAUUCUUUGGUCGGGAUGUACUCCGAGCACAGCCAAUUGGAUCGAGCUCGGUCGAUAUUUGAAUCGAUGCCGGAAAAGGAUUUGGUGUCCUGGAAUGCUAUAAUCUCUGCUCACCGUAGGGAUCAUCGGGUACUCACUUUGUUUCAGAGCAUGGAGGAUUCAGGGGUGCUUCCAGACCGAGUCACUUUCGUAUCGUUGCUCUCGGCGUGUGCGAAUUUGGGCUUAGUGGAGGACGGCCGGAGGUUGUUCUCGGAGAUGGAGGAGAGACGCAAGAUAACACCGGGGAUGGAGCACUAUGGGUGCAUGGUGAACAUGUUGGGAAGAGCAGGGCUGGUGGGCGAGGCUUACGAGCUCAUCUCGAAGCAGAUGCCAUUCGACGGCGGACCGACGGUGUGGGGGGCGUUGCUGUUUGCUUGCUCGGUGCAUGGGGACGAUGAAAUUGGAGAGGUUGCGGCAGGGAGAUUGUUUGAGUUGGAACCUGACAAUGAGCUUAAUUUUGAGCUGUUGAUGAAGAUUUAUAGGAAUGCAGGAAGAUUGGAAGAGGUGGAGAGGGUGAGGAUGUUGAUGAGGGAGAGAGGAUUGGAAUCAGAGUACUUGAGGGUGUGAAAAAUGCGGAUUCCCCACCAUUUCCUUUCUCCUUGUAAUUAAUAUCUUCUUCUAAGUCGUUGCAUGCAAAUAUUAUAAUUUGCAAGAACAGUAUCUGAUUUUUUUCCUGGAAGCAUUUUUUUUUAUCAGCUGCUCAUAAUGCUAUCGUAUGAGCACAGUCUGCUGCAUCACUAUCUAGAAAGUUACACAAAGCAGAGAAAACUGAAGACUGCUGGAUCCUUAAAAAUUUUUCAGAAUGAUGAGCAACAAAUGAGGUGAUUCAGUCAGCAGCUUGGUUCAUUUUUCGAAGAACGUGCCUAAUCUGAAUAGUCCGAUCCUUCCAGAAGCAGGUGCUUCAUUUCCUUCCGCUCCUCCACCGAAGGUGCUCAACCAACGAGGCUGACUUACCUCCUUCAAGGCUCAGUAGAGGCCUGCGGUUUCACUGUUUAGGAUGUAAUUAUAGCAAAAUUUUAUUUUAAUGAAUGACAAAAAUGAAAUCUAUCA